AUGGAUAUCGCUUGCCAGUGCAAAACUGUCACCUUUCGCCUGCCCACGGCUGCGCCACUGGCUGUGUACCACUGCCACUGCGAUGAGUGCCGGCACCAGAGCAGCUCGGCCUACGGCACGUCGGCCAUCUUCCCGGUGCAGGGCAUUCUCCCCCUGGAGCCUGCAGUGCGGACCAAGGUCAGCGUGUACCGCCGACCAGGCGAGAGAUACCGCAGUGGUCGCGACAUGGGCUGCUACUUUUGCACCACCUGCGGGUCACGGCUGCUGCACCAGGCCAUCGAGGCCGACGGCACGGGUGCGCCGACGGUCAGUGUCAAGGGUGGUGUCAUCGUGUCAGGGCUCGACUGGACCGCGGCCCAGCACAUAUAUGCAGACAAGGCUGUCGUUCCAAUCCCAGAAGGAGCUGUGCGCUUUCCAGGAACACCACCAUCGGAGUGA